AUGGCGCAGAGAGGAGUUCAGCUGAAUCAAGACACCAUUUCUUGUUCCAUCUGUCUGGGUCUUCUAAAGUAUCCGGUGACUAUUCCCUGUGGACACAGCUACUGUAUGAACUGUAUUAAAACCCACUGGGAUGAAGAGGAUCAGAAGGGAAUCCACAGCUGUCCUCAGUGCAGGAAAACGUUCACACCGAGGCCUGUCCUGGAGAAAAACAUCCUGUUAGCAGAGUUAGUGGAGGAGCUGAAGAAGACUGGACUCCAAGCUGCUCCAGCUGAUCACUGCUAUGCUGGACCUGAAGAUGUGGCCUGUGAUGUCUGUACUGGGAGGAAGCUGAAAGCCAUCAAGUCCUGUCUGGUCUGUCUGGUUUCUUACUGUGAGAAACACCUCCAACCUCAUUAUGACGUAGUUCAGUUAAAGAAACACAAGCUGGUGGAGCCCUCCAAGAAUCUCCAGCAGCUCAUCUGUUCUCGUCAUGAUGAGGUGAUGAAGGUUUUCUGUCGUACUGAUCAGCAGAGUAUCUGUUAUCUCUGCUUAAUGGAUGAACAUAAAGGUCAUGAAACAGUCUUAGUUCCAGCAGAAAGAGCUGAGAAGCAGAAGGAGCUGGAGGUGAGUCGACAACAAAUCCAGCAGAGAAUCCAGGACGGAGAGAAAGAUGUGAAGCUGCUUCAACAGGAGGUGGAGGCCAUCAAUGGCUCCGCUGAUAAAGCAGUGGAGGACAGUGAGAAGAUCUUCACUGAGCUGAUCCGUCUCAUCCAGAAAAGAAGCUCUGAUGUGAAGCAGCAGAUCAGAUCCCAGCAGGAAACUGAAGUGAGUCGAGUCAAAGAGCUUCAGGAGAAGCUGGAGCAGGAGAUCACUGAGCUGAAGAGGAAAGACGGCGAGCUGGAGCAGCUCUCACACACAGAGGAUCACAGCCAGUUUAUACACAACUACCCCUCACUGUCAGCACUCAGUGAGUCUAAACACUCAUCCAGCAUCAAUAUUCGUCCUCUCAGAUACUUUGAGGAUGUGACAGCAGCUGUGUCAGAGACCAGAGAUAAACUACAGGACAUCCUGACAGAGGAAUGGACAAACAUCUCACUGGCAGUCACUGAUGUGGAUGUUUUACCAGAACCAAAGAGCAGAGCUGGAUUCUUAAAAUAUUCAAGAAAAAUCACACUGGAUCCAAACACAGCAAACACACAUCUGUUAUUAUCUGAGGGAAACAGAAAAGCAACAGUAAUGGAAGAAGAACAGUCUUAUUGUAGUCAUCCAGACAGAUUCAGUUAUUGUUACCAGGUCCUGAGCAGAGAGAGUCUGACUGGACGUUGUUACUGGGAGGUGGAGUGGAGAGGAGAAGCAGUUUAUGUAGCAGUCGCCUACAAGAACAUUAGCAGAGCAGGAGAUUCAGACAAAUGUUUAUUUGGAUUUAAUGACAGAUCUUGGUCAUUAUAUUGUGACCAGAAAAAUUACAUUUUUAGGCACACCCAAGUCCAAACUCCAAUCUCAGGUCCUCCUUCCUCCAGAAUAGGAGUGUAUCUGGACCACAGAGCAGGUAUUCUGUCUUUCUACAGCGUCUCUAAAACCAUGACUCUCCUCCACAGAGUCCAGACCACAUUCACUCAGCCGCUCUAUGCUGGACUUUGGAUUUUAGCUCCUGAAUCUUCAGCUGAGUUCACAAAUAUAAAAUAGACAUCAGUCAAUAUUUUAUCUUACACAGCUGAUAUUCUCAGUCAGACACACUGAUUGUGGGAUGAAGUGAAUCUGUUCAUAUAAUCAUUCAACAAGAAUCAUUUAGCAGAUUUUGUUGAUUUAAUGUAACAAACUUGAUUUUCAUCAUUAGUAAAGAUGUAAUAGAUGAUGGUUUCUGAAUUUAUCCUAAAUUUAGUCAUUAUUCAACAUAUUAUAUAUUUGUUUUAUCAAAUACAUUUAAGUUUGUGUCUGGAGACAGUUUGAUAGUUAAAUUUAGGAUUAUUUGUUUUUUUUUUUUAUUUUCUUUAAUCUUUAAUCUAUCCAGAUUUGUCUGCAUCAUGAUGAGCUCAUCUUUUGGUCCACAUUGAUGUUUUCUGUAUUGAUUGAGUUUUUUGUUUUGAAUGUGUUUCUGGAUUGUGGAAAUUGUUCUUUUUGUAUAAAUAAUGACGUGAUGUCAGGAAAUGUUGGUGACGCUUGGACAGAAGCUGUAAAUUUGAGGAGUGGGAAUCAAACGUGUGAGAAGAACGGUACAUUUGUAUUCAUGUACAAUGUUUUGGUGUAAAAGACAAAUGAAAUAUUAAAUUUAUAGCAAACUGUUUUUUAUGUGA